GGGUGGGUAAAGAAUCGCAAAACGAUUAGAAAAGAGAGUUAAGAAAAGAAAGAAAAAAAGAAAGAAAGAAAAAAAGGAAAUCGAAAAAAAAAGAGCCAAAAUCACCAACACUAGGGAACUAAUUUUUUUUUCGCACUUUUUCCCCCCUCCUUUUCUUGUCUCUCGACAAUCGAACAGUUGACCCUCUCUCCCCUUUCGACCAUUUACAUAUCCGGUGGGGACACCGACCAAAUGCACGAUGAAGUGUUCGGCGGACCCAAGCGGUUGCCUUUCUGUCCAGACUCCAGCUAGCACGGGGAGCGAAACCUUUCCUGGGUAUGUUCCUUGGAGGCUAGAACUUCCUGGGUUCGCUCGUCGCCGGUUCUUCAGGAGCUCCAGGGGGGCAGCCGAGGCCCGCCCGUCCCUGUUUUUGAUUGAUGAAUCAAAACUCUUGAUCGUGGUUCGACCGGGGUUCAGACCACAGAAUAAUCCUUCGUCCAUUGCAUCGUCCGCACCAGAAGAGCCCGGACAGGGAUUCGGGCCUAUCGAAGACCCCGAAAAGAACCCGGGAAGCCUUUAUCGAAGCGAUCAGAAAGCAUCAGAAGGAAAGGCCGGAUCAUCUUCAGAAUCCGAGAGGUCAGACAGGCUAAGACGUCUCUCAUCCGCUAAUUGA